AGGCAGCCCCAAAUGCAUUGUUGGAUAUCCUGACACCUGUCCAGCAGCCUCUCUUCUCUCAGAGCCAGCGUUAGACUGGAGAGGGCUUCCAGACAGAUCCUGAAAGAUGUUGCAGUUGUGGAUAUGAGUGAUAUUUCCAAGCAACCAUCACUGUUCUACCACCUUGGUGUGCGUGAAAGCUUUGACAUGGCAAAUAAUGUUAUACUCUACCAUGGCACUGAUGAUGACACUGCUCAGUCUCUCAAAGAUAUGGUAUCUCAGAAAAAUACAGUUGCCAACCACAAAGCUUUUCUUCGGGUUGAAGUACCUCCUGAGUACCACAGUGGUAGCCUGAUAGGCAAAGCUUCCAGUGGAAAUUAUUACUUCAUUCCAUACAUUGUUACCCCUUGUGCAGACUACUUCUGCUGCGAAAGCGAUGCCCAGAGAAGAGCUUCUGAGUAUAUGCAGCCCAGCUGGGACAAUAUCCUGGGGCCACUCUGCGUGCCUCUGGUGGACAGGUUUAUCAGCCUUCUCAAGGAUGUUCAUGUUACAUCGUGUGCCUAUUAUAAAGAAACGCUGCUAAAUGAUAUUAGGAAGGCUAGAGAGAAGUACCAAGGAGAUGAACUGGCUAAGGAGCUGGCUAGAAUUAAGCUUCGUAUAGAUAAUACUGAAGUGCUGACUUCUGACAUUGUCAUAAACCUGCUUCUUUCUUACCGAGAUAUACAGGACUAUGAUGCUAUGGUGAAGCUGGUAGAAACACUAGAAAUGCUUCCUACAUGUGACUUGGCUGAUCAACACAACAUUAAGUUUCAUUAUGCUUUUGCUUUGAACAGAAGAAAUAAUGCAGGUGACAGGGAGAAGGCACUGCAAGUCAUGCUUCAGGUCCUGCAGACGUGUGAUCACCCUGCUCCAGAUAUGUUUUGCUUGUGUGGAAGAAUAUACAAGGAUAUGUUUCUUGACUCUGACUGUAAAGAUGUCAACAGUCGAGAUCAUGCCAUUGAAUGGUACCGCAAAGGAUUUGAACUCCAGUCAACACUGUAUUCAGGAAUUAACCUUGCGGUUUUACUACUUGUUGAAGGACAGCAGUUUGCAAGCUCAAUGGAACUGAGAAAGAUAGGUGUACGGUUAAACAGUUUAUUGGGAAGAAAGGGGAGCCUAGAAAAAAUGAACAAUUACUGGGACGUGGGACAGUUCUUCAGUGUGAGCAUGUUGGCUAAUGAUGUUAGUAAAGCAGUUCAAGCAGCAGAGAAGCUAUUUAAGCUGAAACCUCCAGUAUGGUACUUGAAAUCAUUAGUUCAGAAUCUGAUGUUAAUUCAGCGUUUCAAGAAAUUCACCAUAGAACAUUCUCCUAAACAAGAAAGAUUGACUUUCUGGCUAGAUAUAAUUUUUGAGGCAACGAAAGAAACAACUAAUGGACUGAGAUUUCCAGUUUUGGUGAUAGAACCAACUAAAGUCUACCAGCCUGCAUAUGUUUCAAUCAACAGUGAAGAAGAUGAGAGAUCUCUUUCUUUGUGGCAUGUCUCUCCUACUGAAAUGGUAAAACUGUCAGCAGAUGCAUCUCAUGUAUUCUGAUUCACUUAAACUCAC